CAGAGAAUCCACACAGGGGAGAGGCCCUUUUAUUGCAGUGAGUGUGGGAAAACCUUCAUUAGCCGUUCAGGCCUUUCUCAACAUCAGAGAAUCCACACAGGGGAGAGGCCCUUUUAUUGCAGUGAGUGUGGGAAAACCUUCACUUUCAGCUCAGCCCUUUCUAUUCAUCAGAGAAUCCACACAGGGGAGAGGCCCUUUUAUUGCAGUGAGUGUGGGAAAACCUUCACUUGCAGCUCAGCCCUUUCUAAACAUCAGAGAAUCCACACAGGGGAGAGGCAGCCCUAUGAAUGCAGUGAGUGUGGGAAAAGCUUCAUUAGCCGUUCAGGCCUUUCUAAACAUCAGAGAAUCCACACAGGGGAGAGGCCCUAUGAAUGCCGUGAGUGUGGGAAAACCUUCAGUCGCAGUUCAGGCCUUUCUAAACAUCAGAGAAUCCACACAGGGGAGAGGCCCUAUGAAUGCCGUGAGUGUGGGAAAAGCUUCAUUAGCAGUUCAGGACUUUCUAAACAUCAGAGAAUCCACACAGGGGAGAGGCCCUUUUAUUGCAGUGAGUGUGGAAAAACCUUCACUUGCAGCUCAGCCCUUUCUGUUCAUCAGAGAAUCCACACAGGGGAGAGGCCCUAUGAAUGCAGUGAGUGUGGAAAAACCUUCACUUGCAGCUCAGCCUUUUCUGUUCAUCAGAGAAUCCACACAGGGGAGAGGCCCUAUGAAUGUCAUGAGUGUGGGAAAAGCUUUAUUACCAGCUCAGACCUUAUUAGGCAUCAGAGAAUCCACACAGGGGAGAGGCCCUAUGAAUGCAGUGAGUGUGGGAAAAACUUCAAUUGCAACUCAGACCUUAUUAGGCAUCAGAGAAUCCACACAGGGAAGAGGCCCUAUGAAUGCAGUGAGUGUGGGAAAAACUUGACUAGCAGCUCAGGCCUUUCUAAACAUCACAAAAUCCACACCGGUGAGAGACCUUAUAAAUGCAGUGAGUGCAGGAAAACCUUCAAUCACAGCUCAGCCCUUUCUGUUCAUCAGAGAAUCCACACAGGGGAGAGGCCCUAUGAAUGCUGUGAGUGUGGAAAAAGCUUCACUCGCAGCUCAGACCUUUCUCAACAUCAGAGAAUCCACACA